UCUCCCUCUGUUUUCGUACACUCCCAAACCUCCAAAUCCCCCCAAAUUCCCAAAACCCUAGCCGCCGCAAUGCCUACGCCGACACCGGCGAAGCGUUCCCGGAUUUGCAACUCGCCGAGCUCCGGAGAUACCGGCGUGAUCCGCCAGCUCCCGCCGAAAGCGCCGGAGCCGUCCGAUCGCCGCUGCGCUGCUUUCGGAAUUGUCGCCAAGCCUGUGAAGCCGUCGCCGAAGGAAACGCACAGAGAGCAGCCAUCGCCGGCGAUUUUGAUGGUGUCGUCGCCGGAGAUUGUGAGAGGGGAGCCAGCGGCGGCGUGUGUCGAUCAGUUCCUUGACGAAUGCUACUUUUGCCAGAAGAAGAUCCCUCAAAACAGUGAUGUGUUCAUGUACGGACUAUUUGGUGCAUUUUGUUCGGAAGUGUGCCGAUUCCAGCAAAUUUACAAGGACAAGGUAGCAGAGCAAGCACUUGUUAAAUCGACUAGAACCGCCGUCACCGGUGCCAAGAGCAAUGUGAAUGGAUGAUGAGUAGGUAGCUAGAGAGACCAAGUUGGCGGCGCAUGGCUAUCAUAUUUUAGAGAUUGUCCUGCGCUUUUGGUUGUUAUAUUUGUAAGUAGUUUGCUUUGAAAUCUCCUCUUUUGGUUCAUCAGUGGGUUAUAUAGUAGUAACUAGCUCCAUUUAGGAUCAGAAAUAAGAAUUCUAUUACAUAUUUUGUUUCGGCAUUGAAACGGAGUAGCGAGGUUGUGGUACAGUUGUUCCGAGAUACAAAUUAUAUUAAUGAUAAGAAUCGUAAACAUGUGC